AUGCUUUUACCAAGAAUACCCCAGUCUGUCCGCUCAGGAUGGUCAAAUUGCCGACCGCUUCUUCGUCGUCGACUUCUUCAAUUCCCUCAUCAUGCCUCCCCAACUCGCGCAAACGCGUACAGAUCUAUAUACGUUCCUCCCAACUACUCACGUAUACAAAUUAGCUCAAAGGAAGACACUAAGCGCCUCUACGGCCUUUUGCAAUCUUACAUUGAAGACCCAACUCGCGCAAAAGCGGUUACAGAGGUUGUCAUCGACGCAACGCCAUGGAUCUAUGCCUUCACGUCCAAGUUACCGCAUUACGAUGAAUUGCCGACCUCGAUGGGAUAUGAAGAACUAGGCGACUCGUCAGAGAUAAGACUACGACGAUAUGCUCGUCGCCUAGAAAUGAGCGACGAAACAGCUGAUCAGGUCGAUAAGAUCCUUAGUUGGAAGCGUCGCGAGUAUGAGUUUGAACUUCAGAAGGAAAGCGAGUUUGCAAUCGCCAUGAUAAUCCUUCUUUUUUCGCUCUGCGAGAAUAUAUCCACGCUAUAUCUUGCCGAACACCUCCAACAACCUGUUGUGGACUAUAUGCUCAAAGCGAACUAUGGACAGAUGAAGAGUCCUCCACUUCAGAGGCUGAAACAUGUCCAUUUCUUUGCAGGCGCUCAAAGCGACGAGAGGUUUUACACCGCGUUCGAUAUUCUAGGAUUCACCCAGUUGAUACAUCGCCUCCCAGCUCUUGAAUCAGUGGCUAUGGAUGGGAUGUGCGAUUAUCAGGCGGACCGCACAUUCUUCGUUCCGGGGACGGGAAACAUGAAGAGAUUGGAGAUUACCCACUGCGAUAUUUCUCCCAGCUUCCUCAGUGUCAUGAUAUCGAUUCCCAAGGCGCUUGAGGAAUUCAAGCUGUCGAUUGGUGGCCUAUGGACUCGUGAUGGGGCAGAUACUUCUAGCGAACCGUUUUAUAUCGCAAAGGCACUUUCUGCGCAUAGAAACUCAUUGAGAGUGCUUGAUAUUGACGUUGAUGCAGGCGCUGGGGCAAAUGCGCUGGACUGGGAUGUUGACAAUAACUAUGAGGAGGGAGAAGAUGACGGGACUGAUUGGGAUAUGACAGACCAGCUCGAUUCGUAUGGACGCGAUAGGUUGGCUUUGGAUAGAAAGAUCAGUACUGGGCACAAGAUGGAAACUGGCAAAGAGUACGCACCGACCAUUGGGUCAUUACACGACUUUCCUCACCUCACGCAUCUGAGCAUCAGCAUCAUGCCACUCCUCGGGGAAUAUGAUUGGUGGAAACCACCGUUUCGAUCUAAAGAACCGCCCUACCGACUUGAGAAACCCGCGCCUUUCAGACUGGUAGACAUGUUACCGCCUUCCCUAGAGUAUCUCUGCCUCUAUGGGUAUACACGGGGUGAAAAUCCGGAUGUUGACGAGCAUAUUGAUGAGCUUUUGGCUAAAAAGGAUGACAGGUUGCCGAAUUUGAAGGUUAUUGAGGGUAUUGACAAGCGUGUGCGUGAUAUAAAGGAUAUUCUACAUGAUAUGGCCGUGGCGGGGGUUGAUGAGGAUGAACUUUACGUGCGAGGGGAGGGGUUUGAGUCUGGAUGGAAAGCCCGGAAGAUCAAAUGCGACGAAGCCAAGCCCUCAUGUAAGCGCUGCUUAUCGUCGCGCCGCGUCUGUGGCGGCUAUCAAGGCACAGCUAGCCUGACAUGCUACCGCCCCAACCAACUAUCCGCGCGCGAUCAGCGAGAAGGCAGAGCGUUCCAGUUCUUUACUGAAAUGGUUGGGCCGGUUCUCUCGGGUCCUACUGACUCUUACUUCUGGACGCACCUGGUCAUGCAGUUCAGCCACUUUGAGCCUACCAUGCGCCAUGCUGUUCUGUCCAUCAGCUCGCUCUAUGAGGAAUUCGCUAAAGGGUCUCGUAUCACCCGGCAGGUCUGUGGCAGCACUUUUGCUGUUGAUCACUAUAAUUCUGCUAUCAAGCAUGUCAAGUCAUCUAGUGAUGAGCAAAUGAUACUAGUGCUCUGCGUGCUCUUCAUUUGCAUCGAGUGUCUACAGGGAGACUUUGACGCCUCAAUGCAGCAUUGUCGUCAUGGCAUUAUGAUACUAAAUAAUUCUCCUCGUCCGGAAUGGAUGUGUCAGUAUCUUGUUCCUAUAUUCCGACGUCUGAGAAUAAUGCCAUUCUUUUUCGGCGGCGGCAAACUACCUACGCCUCUCCCGCAGCUCAUCGGGUUUGAGACACCAAUGCCUGCGAAGUUUUACGAUACGCGAGAGGCGCAGGUAGUGAUUGAUGAUCUGAUGGUUCGGAUACUGGAUUGCCUGCACGAUGGCAAUGAUGAUAGGACUGCGCUGGCUUCAUUGUUGGAUGAAUGGGAUUCCAAGAUGAACGACCUGGAGCAGGAAUUACCCCCAUAUGCAACAGUGGAUAAAUACGCCAUAUGCGGACUGCGUUUCAAGCACAAAAUGGCUAGGAUAUACGUCCAACAGCAAAGCUCGCAUACCGAAAUGUGGUGGGAUCAGCAUAUCGAUAUCUUCCGCGAUGCUGUAAACUUGGCAGAAGAAGCGUUUCUCAUAUCAACAGCACCAGGCCAACGACGUAUACCACAAUCAAGCUUCAGCUUCGAAAUGAGUUGGCUACCGAUGCUAUUCUUCAUUGUCCUCAAGUGUCGAGACUUGAAACUUCGUCAAACGGCAUUAUCCUUACUGGCGCAGCUUGGAACGGCCAAAGAGGGUCUGUUUGACGUGGGGACUCUGUAUAGAGUUGGGAGACGACUUAUCGAGCUUGAACAUAAUAUAUCACUUGGUGAUACCGCUGAGCUGGUCAGUGCUGUUGUACCGCCGGAGGAGAGGCGCUGUUUCGGUAUUCCGAUAAAACAUGAGUUGGAAGUUAUCUCCUGA